GCAUCGAGUUUCGUGUUUUAGUCGAAAAAUGUUUCUCGUUUUGCUUUCGCAUUUUAGGCACAUUUUUGUUUUGUUUGCUUGAAAAUGGUGUUUUGUUUACUGCACCCUUAGCCUGUUCUUGGGUAAACCAUGGAUAAACACUAUUUUGAGAGUGCCUUCCCAAAGUUAUGUAUUGAAAUCAUUGGUUUGAAAGAGACUAAGCAGCAAUUUAUGCUGUUGGUACAGAAAGACUUGUCCCUCUGUAAAAACUGAGCUUUUAUCACUUGCCACCAUGUUUGUCCCAGUAGAAAUAGAAGCUGAUCCUAAAAUCCAGACAUACCAAGAUGUGUAUGACAAUUCAAUUCCUGAUGCCAUCUCAGUUUCAGAAUUCAUUCUACAGAGAAUUGUGUCUAAUGAAAGGGUGGCUUGUGUGAAUGCUGAGACAAAACAAUUUUUCACAUACAACCAAAUAAAAGAAAAUUCCUAUGCAUUGGCAACUGGAUUGCAAACAAAGUUCAAUCUCAAACGAGGGGACAAUGUGGCCAUAAUUCUUCCAAACUGCUUGGAAUACCCUGUUGUUAUUUUUGCUGUCAUGUUAACAGGAGGGUGUGCGACGCUGAUAAAUCCUGCACAGACGAUCAGUGAAUUGGAACAUUCCUUUAGGUUAGCCAAACCAAAAUUAUGCAUCGGGACGGAAGACUGUAUAGUCAAAUUUGAGGGAAUUUAUAAAGACCUUUCCAAGCGACCUCCGUUCGUAUUACUCAAUGCUCUCACUACUUCUCACAGCAUAACUAUCGAAAACCUCACAGCACUUGGUAAAAAACAAACCUUCCAACAGCCAACUAUCGACACCCGUGAAGAUGCCGCGCUUAUUCUCUUUUCCAGCGGAACUACAGGUAUUCCCAAAGGCGUCGUCUUGACGCAUUUCAAUUUGAUUGCAGCCCGACGUCAAACCCAGGAACUUGCCAAAGCUGUCCGACGCAGAGAUCCACAACCCAGUGGAACAAUACCUGUUGCUGAAUGUUUGGCAGCUGUUCUUCCCUUUUACCAUACGUACGGUAUCAGCGGUGUUUUUGAUAACCUAAUGGGAGGCUUACGGUUCGUUAUCAUACCCAAUUUUUCGCUGCAUCUUUUUCUUCAAGCAGUUCAAGAUUACAAAAUAACUGUAGUCUCGCUGGUGCCUGCAAUUGCUGUUCAGCUCGCCAAGCAGCCUGUUGAGCAUCUCUACGACCUAAGUUCGCUGCGAGUGAUUAGGUCUGGAGCAUCCGCAUUGAGCGCAGACACCAUAAACGAUUUGAAACGAAAACUAAAUUGCACGGUCUAUCAAGGGUACGGAAUGACAGAAGCCACUGUGCGUUCCCAUGCCAACUUUAAAGGAGUCAAUCGUGAAGGCAGUAUCGGGGUGGUCAUGCCGUUCUGCGAGUGCAAAGUGAUGGAUCGGGAUACGCACGAGACUCUAGGACCAAAUCAAGAAGGAGAGAUAUGCGUAAGAGGUCCAAUCGUUAUGAAGGGAUACGUUGGAGACGCAGAAGCCACUAGAGCCACAAUAGACUCUCAAGGUUGGCUUCAUACGGGCGAUGUCGGUUAUUACGAUGAAGAAGGCUACUUUUUCAUUACGGAUCGUAUGAAAGAGCUCAUCAAGUACAAGGGAUUGCAGGUGUCUCCAACUGAGCUUGAAAGAAUACUUUUAACUCACCCGGAUGUCGUAGACGUCGCUGUGGCUCCUAUUGCAGAUCCAUCUGCUGGAGAAAUACCUCGUGCUUACAUUGUCAAAAGACAAGGUGGUGCCGUGACGAGCGAUGAAUUGGCACGCUUCCUUUCAGAUAAAGUAAGCGCGUAUAAAAGACUGCGUGGCGGUGUAGUAUUCAUCGAUGCCGUACCCAAGACUAGUACCGGAAAAAUUGUCCGACGUGCUUUAACAGCUAAAACGAUGAGCAAGCUGCUUUCCAUCCAACCAACUGGAAUCAACAUUUUACGUGCCAUGACGGAUACCGACACUGGUGGCAGCAAAUACAUCGUAGAGGUUUACUUUCAGUUUCAGUCACCGGCAAAGACACACAGCACGUCUAGAAUUGUACUGACAGGUAUAUCUUUAUAGCAAAAAUAUAUUCCUUAAGGAGAGAUUUAGAGAUGAAAGUUGACCCGACGAAGUUGUCCGAUUGUUACUGUAAUCCAGCGAAAACGGGAAAUGAAAUUCGUUUUCCCUUAUUGUAUUGAAUAGGGGUACCUUUGCCAAACCAGAAAGGACAACGAAGUAUAUAGAGAAUAUAGAAGUCUUCAGACAAAAUUUCGCUCUGUGAAGUGACUGUAUAUUAUAAAUAAUAAUACAUCCAUCAAAGGAUGCUUCAGUAUUCGUUACAAAUGUGAUUGAUAAUAUGUUGGGUGCUAAUAGACAAAGCCCUGUAUCCUGGAUGGAUAAAGUCCUGGCAAUUGGCGUACCACGACUUGUCUUUUCGAUGGAAUUUACUCAGAAAGCAGGCGCGUAGAUAUUCUUCUACAAGGACGCCAACAGCAUCCCAUAUUACAACUCUUGUACCUCUGUAAAUUGAGAAACUUUUCAUUAAAAUCAAGAAUCAUU